UUGCGCCGAGUGCGUCCUGGCAAGCCAUCCUUGCGGCUUGCCCCUGUCACGCUCUCAGGGCCCGUAUUAGGUUCCGUCCACGAGCAAGAUCUCAGCUUACGAGAUCAGACCACGGUGAGGUGUACAGUGGACAAAGUGCGAGCUAGUUUCGAAGACGAAUCCCGCAAAAGCUAACGACCAAAUAUAAAUACUACUACAACUGCUAUCACAGAUUGAUCAGGUGUAUGUGUGUGCGCGAUAACCGAAUAGUGAUAGCGGCACGGCCAUAACGACCAAAAGCAAUAUCUGUCUGUUUAUCUACCUAAAAGCCUCCAUCCGAUCAGGUUUACUGCGUAUUUAGCAGGCAUCGAGUGUAGAGUGGUGGGAAAAAUAUUGUGUACGAACCCAUAAAAUGUAUGCAGACUGAGAGAAGACAGGUUUGAAGGGGUUGUCCAAUACAUCUACGUUUGUUAUUACACGUAAAGUCAGCGAAUAUAUACAUUGUAUUGAAGGUGAUUUUAAGUGGUGCGCUAUAGCAAGACUGAUAGAAGCUAAGGUUUCGGCAGGUGACAACAGAGAACAAAAUCAGCGUCCACAGACUCCAUAAUAAGUAGCUACUGCUGCUAACGUCGCCGUGUACCGGUACCGCGAUGAUCUAGCUGGUUAGGUGUGGGGCACAGCCUCGCGUGGAGGUCGGAAGCGACUCAUUGGCCAAGUGUCGCUUUUUGACAAAGGAAAGACUCCCCCCCUUAACAAAAUGUGCAUUGUAUCCUCGGGUCACCGGUUCCUGGAGCGAGUCUCCAAGAACAAGGGACUCAUCACGUUCACCAUGUACUUCCUCAUGGUAGGACUGGCCACAAUAGGCAUCUUUGGCAAGACCCAGUAUCCAGACAAGUUCACUCCACGAUGGGUGAAUGCCUGCAUGAUUAGCAGUGGCUUGUGCUGCGUACUGGGUCUGGCUACAGCUUGCCUGGUUACGAACAAGAACGUCGACUCCCAAACACCUGACGCAGCGCCGCCUAGCGGUGCAGCAGCUCCGUCUGCUCCUGUGACGUCUCAAAGUGCAAAUACGGGUGCCCAACUUUCGCAGAUGUACAACACCCAGGUGUCGCCAGUUCUUACAGUUUCCGUUCUCGAUAUGGACGUAACCACCGGACGAUCAACGUUUCUACCUUUAAUUGGUUAUCCGGUAAAUCACGACUUUAACUUACAGUUGCUUCUGCCAAACCGGUAUGGAAACGCUGAACAAAUUCUCGGGGUGCACCUGCCACAAAAUGGAGAACCAGGACAAGUACACCGGGCGAUCGUACAAGCCCGCCACACCGAUGGAAAGACUCCCAACGAGAAGACUGUACUGGCAGAUCAUCUCAAGCGCAUCGCCUCCGAAGCCAAACAAGCCCAGGACGGAAAAAUGGAGCUUGGAGGUUUCAAGGACAAUAGCGCUAAUAAUGGUGUUCCGAAUGCUAAGAAAAUGGCCGAAACACCUCCGCCAUCCUACAGUUCACUCGAAAUUAGCGUGCAGUGCGGCCUAGGCGGCAACGCUCCCGCAGGCGGAGCCAAUGGAAAUACAGCGACUGAUGGACCUGGUCCUGUUAUCGGAGUUGGCGGAACUGUAAACGCGACGCCUGGACUACAACCCGAAACGACAGCCGCAAGUCUGGAAUAUCGAGACGGAGUGCCAGCACAACCGGGUGAGCGAACCAUGAGAGAACGACAACCGCUACCACUGCUGCAACAGCAACUUCACUUCCAACAGACCGUUCCAGCUAGCGACAGGACCGAACGCACGGAACGUCCGCCAUCAUACGAUACGGCGCUCUGCCGCCUUGUCGAAAACGCCGCUGGGAGUGGUGUUGAAGAGCAAGGCGCUGUCGGUGGUAUAGCUAUGACUGUCGAGGCACCGUCGCAGAAAGUGUCUGCCGGAAAUAACAAAACGAAGGAGACAUCUACCAGAAAACUAGCUGUUGCUGAUGUAGAUAAGUAGGUAGCUAGCAGUAAACAAGCAGAGGUGUGAAAUACUAGAUUUCCUAGUCCUCCGGCGGAUAGGGACAAUGACUAAGCGCAGAAGAAAGAAGCGAGAAUUAAGUGCAAAAACCUUCAACUGAUUACCAGUAAAUCGACUGAUUGGACGAUGAAUCAUACAGAUAACGGGUUUCUGCGGCAAAAGGAAACGGGAAUACAACAGAAAAUUAUGACCAAAUCGAAUGCAAACGACACAUCUGAAGGUAUGGACGAAUGGACACAAGCAUCUGAUGAUCAUGUGGGCAAUUACGUAAUGAAGACAGGUACUAAAUAGGUGAAACGUUAACAAAUGGAGUAAUCGAAGUAAGCGAUGCAUCGUAUCUCAAUAAUAUGUGCAGCACCGUCUUAUAUAUUUUUGACUGCAUCCGCGGUGUUGUCUUCUUUGAGUAGCGAACUCAUUUAAUUGUUACAAUGAUACAAGAUGUCUGCCGUGUGCUGUUUGUACGUUGCGCAAAAGUGCAGAGUAGAGAAAAAUCACGAAAUUUAUCAAAUAAUCUACUGUACUAAAAAGGAGACGGCAAAAAAACACUGUCACAAGCUUUUGGUUACUGCGCACGUGGAUGGGCUCUUGGCACAAGGCAACGUAUAGAAUCUAAAAGAUGGCACAGGCAGAUGAAUGAGGAAGAGACGAAAUAAACAAGUAACAAACUAGCCACAUAGUCUGCAGAUGCAUUGUAGAAUUUCGACAGUAUCCGUUUGGUCUGCUUUGCUUCGUGGCCGCAGGCCGCAAGAACAGAUAUAACUAUCGUGGCAAUACGAAGCAGGGGUAAUAUUCUAGUGAUUAACACCUCUAUCUCUAUACAUACAUAACCCGUCAUUCGUUGGCACCUGAGAAGGUCGCACGCUUAAAGGGAAUGAUGGCGUAUAAAAAUUGCGACGAUAAGAACGUUCUACAAAGUACGCCGGAAGGUUUAUCUAGGCCUUGAGCAAAAGAUAGAGGAGGCGAGUCUGCAUCGGCAACAGGCUAGCCUAAAAAAUACGGUUCUUUAUUAUAUA